AUGGACCCAGAAGCAACCCCAGUGUAUCUGGAUUACUCCCUUGCUGCCAGCCCAGAGCCUGCUGCUGAGGACGGAGACUCUGGCGCUCCUUCUAUAGCUUUCUUCCUUCCUGUUUUUUACACGGUUGUGUUCCUGAUGGGCGUGUUGGGGAAUCUCGUCCUCAUGGGUGCUCUGCAGUUCAAACGGGGCAGCCGAAGACUGAUUGAUAUUUUUAUCAUCAACCUGGCUGCCUCUGACUUCAUUUUCCUCAUCACCUUGCCCCUCUGGGUGGAUAAGGAGGCGUCUUCAGGACAGUGGCGGACAGGCGCUUUUCUGUGCAAAGGCAGCAGCUACGUGAUCUCAGUCAACAUGCACUGCAGUGUCUUCCUGCUCACCUGCAUGAGUGUGGACCGCUACCUGGCCAUCAUGUGCCCGGCUGUAUCCAGGAAGGUCAGGAGGAGAGAGUGUGCGUACAGAGUCUGUGCCAGCGUGUGGGUCAUCUCCUGCCUUCUGGGCUUGUCGACUCUUCUGUCCAGAGAGCUCACCUUUCUUGAUGGGAAGCCGUACUGUGCGGAGAAGCAGCCCACUGCAAUGAAACUGACCUGGGCCCUGGUGGUUUUAAUCCUCACCUUCUUUGUCCCUCUGGUGAGCAUUGUGACUUGCUACUGCUGCAUCACAAGAAAGCUGUGUGCGCACUACCGGCAGUCAAGAAAACACAACAGAAAGCUGAGGAAAUCCAUCAAGAUCAUCUUGAUUGUUGUGGUGGCCUUUGUCCUCUCUUGGCUACCCUUCAACACGUUCAAGCUCCUGACCCUUGUCUCCAGCUUGCAGCAGGAGUCGGACUCUUCCUCAGCCUUUCUCCAGCAGGGCAUGACGGUCUGCGGCCCCCUGGCCUUCGCUAACAGCUGCGUCAAUCCCUUCAUCUACUACACCUUUGACAGCUACAUCCGCCGGGCCGUUGUGCGGUGUGUGUGCCCUUGCCUGAAGGACGACGACUUGGCCAGCAGCACGGACACCUCCGAUAGUCACCUCACGAAGGUUCUCUCCAACUUUGUCCAUGCGGAGGAUUCUGUCAGAAGGAGAAAGAGGUCUGUAUCCCUCUAG